AUGGCGGAGAAAGCACAGUCAAACUUUCUGGUUGACUUCGCCCUCGGCGGAGUCAGCGGAGCGGUCGCGAAGACUUGCACCGCGCCUAUCGAGCGCGUGAAGCUCAUCAUCCAGACGCAGGAUGCCAACCCCAAGAUCAAGUCGGGCGAGAUCGCACGCUACAACGGGAUCGGCGACUGCUUCUCCAGGGUGUACUCCGAGCAGGGGCUCAAGGCGUUCUGGCGAGGAAACAUGACCAACAUCAUCCGCUACUUUCCCACACAAGCGUUCAACUUCGCAUUCAAGGACACCAUCAAGGGGCUAUUCCCCAAGGCUAACCCGAAGACCGAGUUCGGAAAGUUCUUUGCUAUUAACAUGGCCUCUGGUGGUCUGGCCGGCGCGGGUUCGCUCUGCUUCGUCUACCCGCUCGACUACGCGCGGCUAGCCGUAAGCGUAUCGAUAUCAAUAUGA